UGCGCAUGAAUGUUGGUUGUUUUGUGUUUUGAUCGUUUUGAUUUACAUUUUAUCAUGAACACACAUAUUUAUACGAUUACAUUAAAUAUUAGAUGAAAAAUAUCUUGUGUACUAAUAUGAUUUAUAAACGCUUUAUUCACUUGGAAUUAUCAGAUAUUUGUAUUAUCCAUGAAACAUUUUACGAUUAAUUAGAAUGAACAAUUCUGAAAACGAUAAACUAUCGAAAGACAUUGAAGAAGACGAUGUAAAUGUUAAAUCAGAAUCACCCAUUAAUUUAACUAUUAGUAAAAUGACUAUAAUUAACUUGGAACCUUUAAUCUGGCACAAUUAUGAUAAAUCUCCAGAAAAAUUGAAAGCUAUGAACACAGGAAGAACAAUUAUUGUUAAUGGCAAGUGGCAAGAAAACCACCAUCCUCUCUUGACUGGUGGACCAUUAUCUAAUAAUUAUAUCUUCUCUCAAUUUCAUUUUCAUUGGGGACCUAAUGAAAUGGUUGGAAGCGAACAUUAUGUGGAUAGUGCUAGUUGCAGUCACAAGCAAAUGAAAUAUUAAAUAACAUUAUCAAGUCUCUUCCUACCUUAAAAAGACCAAAUACUUCAACACGAAUAGCUGCAGAACCUAUCAGUAAAAUUCUUCGACCAUUUUCACAAAAUUAUUUUUUCUACAAUGGCUUACUCACGGAGAAAAAUGAUGAAUCUCAAGUUUUGUGGCUUGUUAGCAGGAGACCAAUUGGGAUAUCGAUCGAUCAAGUAAGUUAACUACAUUAAUUCACCUGAUAAAUUAUAAACCGACUAGUUUACUUAAAGUAACUAAAAUUACGUCAAAAAAAAUUAUCUAGAUAGCUGAGUUCCGUAAACUAAAAAGUGUGCGGUUUAAAUCAAUAUUAAAUAAUUGCAAAUCAUUGAAAGAUGGAAAACAUGUAGAAGUUUUUUUUGUAAAUCCUUCAGGGUCUACACAUGCUUCAUUACUCCCGAUUAUUCAAGAUUAAUAAUUUUUAUAUUUGGUUGAUACAAAUAUACAUGAUCUUAUAAGUAAUUAUAAAUAAUAUUAUUUUUUUCGACGUCGACGCCGUUUAGCUCUU